AACGUCAUCUCCGUUAUGAAGACUACAACCCGGAAGUGACAGUUCACGAGCUGUUCUGUGGUUUUAAAAAUGUUUACCUCAAACCUGUCGCUCUAAAACGUAUUGCAUGGAGUUUUACUGCAGCUAUGCCACGGUACUGCGCUGUGAAAUUCUGCAGAAAUAGAGGAGGGACUGCGUCGAAACAAGACAACAAGAGAAUAAGCUUCUACCCGUUUCCCUUGCAAGACAAGCCCAGACUUCAGAAAUGGGUGGACAACAUGAAACGGGAGGAGUGGACCCCAAGUCGACACCAGUACCUGUGCAGUGAGCAUUUUACGGAGGACUGUUUUGAUAUUCGAUGGGGCAUCCGCUACCUGAAGAACACAGCCAUCCCCACCGUAUUCCCCUCCAUUGAGGAUGAGGAGGAGAAAAGAUGUAGCACCAUUAAAAGAAGCCCCACAGCACAACACAGGAAUUUAGACGCCAAACUCACUGGAUUUGAGUCUCCUCUCAGUAAGAGGCCACUUAUUUUAAGCAGAACUUGCAAAAAAGCCCAUGCAGGCACAACAAAAGACACUCCUACCAAACACGCAGAGUCAAUAAAGGCACCACUCCUGGUGUCAGCUACUGGCAUAGCUCAUGAUUCAAAUAUCUUUGAGGUACAGGCGGCUACAUGUGAGAUUUCAGCUGAUGGUGGAGUAUCCACAGUUUCCUGCCUUGCACUGUCCCCAUGCAACGAGGCCUUUUCUGAAGCGCAAGCUGACUCGACUGUGACUGUGUUGUGCUGUGAGACUCUGGGCCCUCUUCCAGAUGGAGAGAAUGUGGACGCAGCCACUCUCCAGGCAGCGCUCGGCCAGACUUUUAGCUUCGUCCCUGUGGAAAUGGUCAAAGACGAACCAUGCUUUUCAGAGGAGAGAGGGCCCAGCGAGGGAGAGCACAUCUCCGUUUAUGAACACGCGUACUGCAGACCUGACACUGACAAAGAUCAGCUUUGGAGUAAAAUCUUGAGUUUGCACGCAAAGAUUGUAGAACUGGAUCACAGGGAGGAGAGCACUGUGGGCAAAAUAAGAGCUCUGGAGACAGAGAUAUCCCUCCUGAAGAAAGAUGGGGCUGUUUUUAAAGAGAAACAAAAAGUUUUGGAGGAUUAUAUUUCAUCUGUGUUGCUCUGAUUCUCAAAAUGAUUUUGAAUGUUUGACUUAAAACAAGAUAUUUGAUGUUGAUGUAAUUUAAAUGUUCAGUCAAUAAGUCACAUUUGCCUUUAUUGUGCACAGGAGCUCAAAUGUACGCCUCAUAAAACGAUCAGUACUGCAUCAUUACUCUGACAUUAGACCCGUAUACUUCAGUAUGAGUAUCAUGUUUGUUUUUGUCCACACGGUGGCGCUGUAGGGCCAUCUUUACAGGAAGUAUUUUGAAGUAGAACUGACGCAUUCUGAUGCAUAUCCAAAAUGUUCUGUUAGGUGUUGACAACUUGUACGUCAUUGGACCUCAGAUGUGAUCAGUACUGUGUGGUCUGUGCUGUAUGAUUGUUCCAGUUUGAACGUCUUUUAAUGGUAGUCAUUUCAUGUGACCUUUCAUUCAAGUCCUUCAAACAGUUUUAUUCAUUUAUUUGAAGUACUUUCUGCCUUCAUUUACAUCUGAUUAGCAUUGCAGCAUUUUAAUUACACAUGACAUGACUAAAAAGAAAAAGCUUUGCUGCCUGUCACUCCAAGUGCACUUUGGCUUUUUAGUGACACCACAGGCGGCCUUACAACCAGAAAACCGUGUUGCAUGAGUGCUUUAAUUUUCUUCAAAUGGAUAUUGAUAACCAUGAAUCCCGUCUAAAGCGAUUUAAUUACUUUAGAAUAUAACUGGCAUGAUUAUUUUCAUCUGAUGUCCUGCAUUAAAGGUCAUGAGGAGUUUUUAGCUGGUUAUGAUACAGACUGUAAUUGAUAUGGAUGGCUCAAUAUAUGUUAAAAAGCAAACUAGGCAGGGACAUGGCUGUCCCUGGCCAAAGUGGGGCCUAGAGCAGAAGUUUUUAAGAGGCCCCCCUACCAGCUCAUUAGAAUAUGUCUGUGAAGGUUCUCAGUCAUCCAGGUCAUGGUAAUCCAAUGCUUGAUCUGUAAGGCAACUGGACUGGUGGAAAUUCUUGAAGAUGUUUCACCUCUACUCUGAAAGGCUUCUUCAGUUCUGACCAGACUGGGGAAGAGCUAGAAAAUAUAAGCCUCUAACAGUUGUGGGUGUGUCCAGGUAGUCACAAAAGGGUCCUAAGUAGGGUUGUUAGUUUAGUUCCUGGCAGUUGUUCUCCUAUCACCUGACAGUUGUUCAGUACCAGUCACAGUACAUUAAGGGUGCCCCUAUAAAGUCAGAGCAUGAGAAAGAAUCAUUUUAACUGAUACUGUUAAAAAGUGUAAAAAACAAAGUAUAACUUUGUUACUUUGUCUGAGAUAAAUAAAUAAAGACUUGUGUGUUACAAAUAAGUCACCAACUAAUAAAAAAGGUCUUACAACAAAA